AUGAGGUGGCAAAUUUUCAACCUGCUCCGUCAAGGUGUCCAUAAUCCGCCCGAGUCGUUCCGAGUCUUCACUGCGUCACUUAUCUCAGGCUACGUGGGGAAUGGUCUUAUCCGAGACAGCUAUCUUGUUCACAAAGUGCUGGAAAACGACACAAGUCCUCGAGAUCACGCUGUGUUUCUGGAAGCGAAGAACAAAACCUCGUUCCAGAAUUGUUCUGGUUUACCCAAAUUUAAUCCUAAGAUCUACAAUUUCGAGUAUCUGAGUCACGCGUACAUUCAAAUGGGAAAUGCGGCCAAGCACAACGUCACUCUUUUUAAAGACUUUGAGCUUGUGACAGUGGUAGUGGACUGUAGUUUCACAAACCUCAAGUCAGGGGACAACGCUAUGGUUCGGUUCUUCAACUUGGUUCGCUCUCGUGUCGACCCAACAGAACUGUACAUGGUCACCAUGUCACUCAAUGUACAAGACUAUGAAAUACGCAGCCAAAAGAAGACGGGGCCAUGCAUUUUGACUAUGAUUUCGAUAGUGAACGACAUGGGUGCGGGGCCCCUGGGAGAGUAUUAUCUUAUGGCGCUGACGUAUCCGUACAAACGAGCCAUGGGGUUUGAAGUGUACGAGUUUAUGGGGAUAACCAUCGACAGCUACCUCGAGCUGCGUACUGUACCGGAAGAUCCACUCACACAGCCAGCGAACCGCGUGAUCACAGCGAGGAAACGAGGUUUCUACGACGGCCAAGAACAGUCGAAUAUUCGGUACAUGUAUACAAUGCUCGAUACAAACGCGACGACUGCAAUGACACGCUGGGAGUGGCUUGGAGAGGCUGUAAUUUCAGAUUCGUGGGCGUGGGUACACGGACUACACCUAAUAUUCGGGUUACAGACGAUUUUUUCGCUAGUUGUGCUGUGUGUGGUGGCGUUCCAAAAUGCCAGAUCUGGAAAACUUUGGAUCGGUGACCCUUUUGCGUCCGUUUCUACUGCAACUCUUGUCACCCGUGGCGUUCUUGUGGUCAUCUCGUGGUAUUUGAACUCUUUCUGGAUGCUCUUUGAGUUUUGCUUGUCUAUCGCUGGCAAAAUCUCCAAGACCCAGAUCGUACGCGUCCAUACCGAGUUGGUACACGCUGAUGUUCUAGUCGUCUAUCUGAGUCUGGUUGGCCUUCUCAGUUCUUUUUUUCGGGAACGCAUAGACCCCUCAGUCGCCAUCUUCUUAUUUGAAAUUAUCUUUUCAAAUCAUGAAACUCUUCUCACCUCGGCAGCAGCAGUCCAAAAGGAGAUUGUGACGUACUCGGAUAAAGUAUUCUACAUGGGCGUACCGAAGGUGUCGUCCGCUGUUGCAGCCAUGUCCCCACUGCGCUUGUGGAGUGCGUUCCAGAUCCCACUAGGUAAAGACGGCACUUUCCUCUUCACGUCGUUCUUCCCGAAUGCUAUAUUACUGUCAAUCAUCGCAGGGUUCGCUAUUUUACAUAAAAUUUAUCGCCAUUUCUUCCCGGAAAAGAACCGACAACGGUCCAGUGUGAUGAGCACCGAGCGAUCGUCUGUUAAUGAGAGAACAGCGCAGACGUUGAAAGGAAACCUCACGAAUUUCGAGAUCUCAACGGGUGCUGAGUUACGAACGCGGUUUGGGAUCAUCUCUGACUAUAACAAUUAUGUGUACUUUAAAGGCAUGAAGUUUGCGUCAGCCGACGGGGUCUACUGCUCCGGGUACGUCAUCGUGAAUGGCAAAAUGCUAGUGGGAGUCAAGGAUCUGCUAUCGAUCGCGUUCAUCAAAGCCACUCGUUCUCGGUUUACGAACAUCUACGUGUACGAAGUGGAGGGAAAUACGGUCAAGGAGACGGCACGACUGGUGUAUCCGAAUACGUUCUCGUGGUCUGACCUGUGGCAUUUAAAUGUCGGGGUGCUACUCUGA